UGUUGUGUCCUGAACAAGUUGGUGGGCUGUGUUGUUUGGCAGUGGGAAAGAGGGGCGCUGUGUUUUGGUUUUUAGAUUUGAACUCAGGUGGAAAUUAUACCUGUCGCGGAUGCGGGGCGAAGAGUCUUCGGAUUCGGAGUCGAGCAGGAUGGAGGAGAGCUCGGUGCGGAGGAGUUUGGAGACGUUGUGUCAGGAGCUGAACAUGGACGAACAGACGGCCACAGAAGCUAUGGACAACUUUACUGCCAUAUGGAAUACAUAUACUCUGGAGGGAGAUGUUGUACACUGGCUAGCAUGUUCGCUGUAUUCAGCCUGCAGGAAGGGGUCCACUCCCACAGUGGGCAAAGGGCUGAUGGAGGGAAACUGUGUCUCGCUGACCAGGAUUCUUCGCUCCUCGAAACUCAGUCUGAUCCAGUUCUUCUCCAAGAUGAGGAAGUGGGCCGACAUGUCCAAGCUCUCGCAGGACUUCAGGCUCCGAAUGGAGCGCCUGGAACGCAACUUUGAGGUCUCCACGGUGAUUUUCCGCAAGUUUGAACCCAUCUUCAUGGACAUGUUUCAGAAUCCGCAGGGAACCGACCCGCCACGGCAACCACGCAGCAGGAAGCACAGGCGGCUGCCCUGUCACAUCAGUGAUGUGUUCAAGUUCUGCUGGACUCUGUUUGUCUACACUAAAGGGAACUUCCGUAUGAUUGGGGAUGACCUGGUGAACUCGUACCACCUGCUUCUCUGCUGUCUGGACUUGGUGUUUGGAAAUGCUCUGCUCUGUGCCAACAGGAAAGACCUCAUCAACCCGACGUUCAGAGGUCUGCCUGCUGCGUACCGUGCUGAUGGACAUAUUUCCUCUGAUGAGCCUCCUCCAUGUGUGUUGGAGAGAUUGUGCGAGCUCCACGACGGGCUGGUGGUGGAGGCUAAAGGCAUCAAGCAGCACUACUUCAAACCUUACAUACAGAAGCUCUUUCAGAAACAGAUCCUGAAAGGUCACGAUGAGCUUUUGACUGAACUCUUGGAUCCUCAGAACUUCAUCGAUAACAAUAAAGCCAUAAACAGGGAGUAUGAGGAGUAUGUGCUGACGGUGGGAGACUUCGAUGAGCGAGUGUUUCUGGGAGCCGAUGCCGACGAGGAGAUCGGAACUCCAAGGAAGAUCGUUCAGGAGCCACCUGCCAGCCAACAGCUGCAGCAACAUGUGGAGAAGUCUGCCUCUCUCGCCCCCUCCACCCCUCUGACCGGACGAGUGUACCUGAAGGAGAAGGACCUGCUCGUCACUCCCGUCUCCUCGGCGACACAGAGUGUCAGCAGGCUGCAGAGCAUGGUGGCUGGUUUAAGGACGGCCCCCAGUGACCAUCUGAUGCAGAUCUUCAAGUCCUGCUCCAGAGAUCCCACAGAGUCCAUACUGACCCGAGUGAAGACACUGGGACAAACCUUCAAAGAACAUUACACCAACGACUUGGAGGACACGCCUGGCUCUCAUAUAGACUUUGCAGAGAACCGUCUAAAGCUGGCUGAGAUCCUCUACUACAAGAUCCUGGAGAACGUCAUGGUCCAGGAGACCAGACGGCUGCCUGGCAGAGACAUGAGCGUUUUGCUGGAGCAGGAUAUCUUCCACUGUUCCCUGAUGGCGUGCUGUCUGGAGGUGGUGCUGUUCGCCUACAGCUCCCAGAGGACCUUUCCUUGGAUCAUCAGUGUCUUCAAACAGGUUCCUUUCUACUUCUUUAAGGUGAUCGAGGUGUUUAUCCGCUCCGAGGAGGGCCUGUCCAGAGACAUGGUGAAACAUCUGAACUCCAUCGAGGAGCAGGUUCUGGAGUGCAGGGCGUGGACCACAGACUCUGCCCUGUGGAGCGCCUUGCAGGCUGCAGGGAACAAGGUUCCCACAGUGGAGGAGGUGAAUUUUUCCUCCAGUCUUGACACAGGUUCUGCUUCUGGAUCUUGUUCUGUCAGUGGAGGGCAGUCCCACCUGCCCAUGGUGGCCCUCUCACCCAUCAUCCAUCCCCGCAUCAGGGAGUUCAGGUCCGGCCUGGGCAGCGCCCGUAAAGAUGUGCCUCCCUCUCCACUGUCCGUACAUGACAGGUACAGCUCUCCUGCAGCUGGCAGCGCGAAACGGCGUCUCUUCGGUGACGACCCACCAGCUCCGUCACCAGGCCUGAACGCCGGCUUAAGCCCAAUGUCCUCUCCAGCAAAGAGGCUGACCUUUGGCACAAGCAGCACCCUGAAGAUCGCAGGACAGGGGACACAAACCACCGUCCUGAGUAUCCCACUGCCAGGUACAAAUAACACUGACCGCACCUUCACGCUGAUCCCGGUUCAGCCGUGUGAUUCUUCUGCUCCCAUCACGGCUCAGUUCCUGCUGACCGCCUCCCCGAGCCGGCCCACCGCCGUUGCCACGACCUCUGAUACCCAAGCAGGAAAUGGACGACCGAGACGCACAGGAUCACUCGCUCUCUUCUUCAGGAAGGUGUAUCACCUGGCUAGCGUACGUCUGAGGGAUUUGUGUGUGAAGCUGGACAUCUCGUCCGAUCUGCGAGGGAAAAUCUGGACUUGUUUCGAGCACUCUCUGGUCCACUGUACCGAUCUGAUGAAGGACCGGCACCUCGACCAGCUGCUGCUGUGCAGCAUUUACAUCAUUUCCAAGAUCACCAAAGACACUCACACCUUCCAGGACAUCAUGAAAUGUUACCGCAGCCAGCCGCAGGCCAACAGCCACGUGUACCGCAGCGUCUUACUGCGUCGCACUCCCAGAGAGCAGGUGGCUGAUGAAAACAUGGAGGUGGAUCCUGUUUCAGGUGGAGAAUCUGCAGAGAAAACCAAUCAGCACUCGGGAAACUUAAACUGCAGCCAAUCAGGAGGGGAGGAGGAGCGUGGUGACCUCAUCCAGUUUUACAACACUGUGUACGUCCUGAAGAUGAAGAGCUUUGCUCUGCGAUACGCCACCAGCGAUAACCGGGCGGACGCUCCUCCUCUCUCUCCGUUUCCGUCGGUCCGGGCUCAGCCUCUGUCUCCUCGCCGGAUCUCUCAGAGACACUCGCUCUACGUCUCCCCUCACAAGAACUCAGCAGGCUGUCUCACGCCGAACUCCUACACCUACAGGAUAAACAGCAGCCCGUCUAAGGAGCUGUCAGACAUCAACCGGAUGAUCCGGCAGGGCUGCGUGAGCAGGAAGAGAGCCUUCAACAUGGAGGGGGACGUCAUGAUGUCGUCGGCAUGCAACUCCCCGAGUAAGAGGGUGUGUCCGGAGAACGGCAGCAGCCCAGAUGUGCUGCUGAAGCGCCUCCAGGAUGUCGUGUCGGAGCGGCAGAGUCACUGAUGGGCCGACAGAGGGACAGAAACUCAAACCUGAAACUCUGCCAGGAAAGUAAUGAAGCAUUAAGAUUAACGGCUCCUCAGGUUCAAAAAGAAAAAUCCAGCGACACACAGAGACGUGUUUGAUUUCAGGAAACGUAAAGCUAAGGUGCCUGUUUUAUGUCUCACAUUUGAUUUUAAUCCAAGGGCACAAGACACCGAACGCACAGCGAUAUUGAUGCUUUUCUUGUUUUAUCCACAGCAAGUUGUAGUUCUGCUUCCUGUCUGUCGAUCACAUUGUUUGAUCCACAUCACGAAACAAAACUCACACAAGAGGCGAAACGCUCACUGAGAGUUGCGUUACGUCUUUGCACAGAGGUGCUUGUUAUAUUCGUGUUCAAUCCUCGGUGUGACUCACGUUCAGUUCCUUUCAGUUUUAAUCCCGCCCCUUUAAUUUAAUCAACCAAUCCGCUUGAAUCAGAGGUCCCGUUUUUGAUCUUUGAGCUUUUAAUUGUUCAGUUGCCUCCACUCAGACUUACUGCCAGUUUGUCCUAGUGGCCACCUGUAGUAAUGCACCUGAAAUUCCACAGGGAAAGGGUUUUUGCUUUCCCGCAAACCUCUGGAGAAAAAAAAAAAAAA